CCCCGGUCACAUGUCCGACACAUUCCGAUCUUCAACGUCGACGUUGAGCCCGUCUAUAUUAUCCCAAUGGCCUCUCUUCUGCUCCGACCUGCAUCGGUGUCAAGAACGAAUGCUUUAGUCUGCCGUUCUCGUCUGUUCUCUACGACGAGGGUAGUCAUGAACGAGACGCCUGUCAGCAUUCCUCAAAAGAAACCAAUAGGAGGAUUUCGCGGCGGAAUUGUCGGCUUCCUCUUUGGUUUCUCUCUAGCUUCUUCGUUCGCGGCGUAUCACCUAUUAGAAGAAUUCAAGCAAGCAUCGGCAGCCCUUCAAGUUAGCGUAGAGAAGCUACAGCUAAGCACUGAAGCCGUCACCGCGCAAGUCAGGCGAAUUGAGGCUGUUGAGAAGGACUUGAAAGCACUAUCGGACGCUUCUGCCUCUAAGGAGGACAUUUCAAGGGUUCGCGCCGAGCUAAAGAAACUUUACGAUGGUCUUCAUGUUGAAUUUUUGGACUUGCGCACACACGUGUGGGGUAUUCAACAAGACUUGCACUCAUUAUCAAAGAAAGAGUCAACUUCUGUUCGUACAGUGUAGUAGAAACCCUAUAGAUCCUUUAACAUUCUCUUGCGUUCACGCCUCUGCGCCAUGUCUGUUUACGUGCGAUCUUGGCGUGCUGAUGUUCAAAAAUUUGUAUCAUUCCAGCUUUAGUUUUUUAUGAUGAGAUAAACCCCCCUACGGUUGUCUUGCCGCUCAACUUUUGGGCAGGCAAAUAUCAUUCCCGGUGCUUAUAGGACACUACGGGUCGUCCUUCGAGACAACGUAUCUUACUGGUUUCCGGAGCUGGCACAGGUUGAUCGAAGAUGAAAUUCGAUUAACUGCAACUUG